UGCAUACAUUCUUAUAUGUUUAGAGACAGGGAAGACUGUUUUGGAUUUUUGUUAAUUGUGAAACAGGGAAUCAGUAUGACAACAGAGGAAUCAAGCAACAGUAGUGACUGGGCAUUAGUUACAAAUGAAGGAGAAAUAGAGAGUGAAGAUGAUGCUUCUUGUUCAGAAAGUUCUAUAGAAUUAUUAACUUCAGAAGAUGAAGGUGAUAGUUCUUCACAAAGAAGUUCUAAUACAGGAAGAGAUCCAUCUCGUCCAUUCUUUGUUCUCAGGUUAAGGUCAAAAGAGCUGCUGACAGAAUCUGACUCUGAUGAUAGGGAAGAUUCUGUUAAAAAUGUUGAUAAACAGGGGAAAGGUUCUACUGUACCACAUCCAGCAAUACAAGAAGAGAUGGCUUCAACUACCGAUGCCGUAGAAGGAAGCCAGGAACUUUUGAAUAUUACAGAAAGCAAAAAAUGUAUAGCUGAUGAAAUAAAACCAAUCACUUCUGAAAUCGAAAGAGUUUGUUCUAAUUCUGGAAGUGAGGUAGAAAUUAAUGAAGCUGCUUCAUCUGUCAAUUCUGAUAUCAAAGAUGACAUAUCAUUUCCCAGUAGCUCAGGUCAUAGUUUCUCAGAUGAGAGUAUUCCUGAAGUGUUACAUUUGGUGGCUCAUAUAUCAGACUCAGGAGAAAGUUGCUCAGACUCAAAAGUUAAAGAAAAAGAAAAUCUGGCAAGAGGAGAAAACAGGGAAAAACAUACUGAGGAAGAUGCUGGAGAAACUGAUACAGGUAGUGACAGAAGUCAAGAGACAAAUAGUUCACAAAGUUCAAAUUUUUCAUUUAUGGAUCAUGAUGAGAAUGAAAAUGAGUCAAGAAAUGAGAUAGAGGCUGAAAACCAGGGUGAUCUCCAAAGUGAUCAGACAGCCAGUGAAAAUGAAGAUGAUACAUUUACCUUGUUAGAGAGGGAUACUGAUGGUCUAUUACAUAGGCAUGGACACGAUGUGGAAAAUGGUGAUGAAUUAAUACAAGAAACAGUUUUUCAAAAUGAAGAAGAGGCCACACAGUUACAGAGAAUACCAGAAGUUACAGUCAGACAACAUAAGUUAGAAAAGACAGAUGGUCUUAUAAUUAUGAUUGUAGAAAUAAUUUGUAUUAUGGUAGCAUCAACAGCAGCUUACUGGGCAGGAUAUUCUCAAGGAGUAGGAAACAAUUCAGUGUGUUGCAGUGACCUAGGAAAAGUUACUAGACAAGUUGAAAUGUUAAAAGCCUAUGGUAUGGAACAGACUCUAAAGGAUAUUGAACUAUUGAAGAAUACAACCCAAACAACUGUUAACCUUCUUUGGGAUGAUUUCGAGCAGAAGGGAUUGAGUGCUGAUAAAUUGAUAAAGGACAAGACAGAUUGGAAGUAUACGAAUAUGGGAUAUAAUAUGGACAAAUUCUCGGAUUUAAGGUUCCAAAAAUUGGACCAUGAAUUGAAAAGCCAUAUAUAUAGAUUUGGUAAUCUGUUACAACAUCAUGUAACCAAAUUCAGAGCUGAAAAUGGACACCAGCGGUAUCAUAAUUCAAAACUGGAACAAAAACUAAAUGAUCUGAAGAAUGAUAAUGCUGAUCUUAAAAAAGAACUUAUUGAUUAUGGAAAAAGAAAAUAUUUGGUCAGUGAACUGGAAGACGAAAAUCUUGCCUUAAUCAAGCGAAUAAGUGACAUUGAAAAUCAACUUUUGUCAGCUGAAGAUCAGAUGUAUGUCCUUCAACUAAAGGUAUCACAGUAUGAAAGAAAGAAGGAGUUGAAGCAUAGCAGUGAAUAUGAUGUAGAAGGAGAUACAACUGAUCUCCAUGUCAUUGCACAGCUAAAAGAAGAGAACAAUAGAUUACAAGACCACAUAUUUGAUCUAGAUAAUAAGAUUGCCGGGCUGGAUGCAGAUGGAAGACAGAAAGACAAUUAUCUACAGGAACUAAAUAGGUAUAAGGAAGAAAAUGGGAAUCUAGUGAGGGAAAGAGGUCAACUUCAGACAGAGGUUAAUCGUCUCAAGAAUCAACUUCAAGAGAGCAAAGAAUAUGCAUCUGAACUUGAAAGUAAACUUAACGAACUGGAAAAAGCAGCUGAUGACCUAGAAAAAACAUCACAAGAAGAAAUCGAAAAGAUGAAGACAGAAAAUGUUAAAUUUGGCAAUAAAAAGAAAGAAGACUUCCAGAAAGAUAAGAAUGACAACGAGCAUGCACAUGGAAAAAAGAAAAGAUCAAGUUCAGACAAAGAUGAUGGAUAUAAAUCAUGGUCUGAUGCUAUGAAUGAUAUUUUGAAUAAGACUAGAAUUUCUAUGGUGACGGUCAAUAAACAGAUACAGGAGACUCUCACACAGGUAAAGAACCUGUCAGGUGACCUUUGGAAAAAGCAUGAGCCUAAGGUCAAUCACAUCUUAGCAAGCACUUAUGAAACAGUAAAAAAGAAUGUCAAUGAUGUUUCUAAGAAAGUAGUUAAAGCUGCAGCUAAAAUUGUUCAGAAAUCAGCUAAAUGGAUAAGAAAAUACAAGAAAUCUCGCAAAAACAAGCGCUAUAGAAAACAGAAUGAGGACUCUGACCAAGAUAUGUUCACAGCUUCAACUUCUAGAAGGAAGUAUCAAGAUGAUUAUGAUGAUUACCAGCAAUCUGAUGACCAUAAAAAGCACUCAUAUGAUUUUGAUCAAGGAGCACAUAGCACACAUGGUUCCAUACGUUUGAAGAGAGAAUUAGAUAAUCUGUUUGAAAGUGUUGAAUAUAUCAGUACUAGGAAUGAUCUCCCAUGUGGUCAAAUUAUUGACAUCAUGGAAGAUUUUCAAGAUUUCAAAAAGAAUGAAGGGAUCAGUGUUUUAUCUGAGGAAGAAAAGUCUUGGUUUUAUUGUCAGAAAGCCUGGUUUGAAAAUAUGGCGUAUUCUGAUCCUAAUAUUGAUGCAGAGUGCAGAGAAAAAUUGGGCAGACGUCAACUUGCUGCUGCUGAUCAUGGAUGCUGCCCAUGUUUUGUUCUGCACGGCAGGUCAGAGGGGAAAUUCUGCCAUCUUGAUGAUGGAUGCAGUCAUCUCAUUCCAAAGGAAAAGAAACCAUUAAAUAAAAGAAAAGAUCAGGAAAAGAGAAAACACCAAGAAGACAUGAAAGAUUAUACCAGUGAUGAAAAUACAGGCCAAAAUAAAACUGAGGAAGAUUUAACUAAGAACCAAGGAGAAUUUGCUUACUGUGAUCCGUUCAGCCAAGAUCUAGAUUGUGGAGAUGAGUCAUGGUAUCUAAAAAGGAUGAAAGACAGAGAACAUUUAAGGAAAUACAGAGAAAGUUCCAAAACAGAUUGGGUCUUUCACCGAGCAGAAGAACGCGACUACUAUAGAACUCAACCUGACAGCUGGUAUUUUAAUAAGUACGGUGGUGGUCAAGCUUAUGAGCCUCACCAGGAUGAUAUGGUAUAUAAAGACAUGGACUUAGAUAAUGAACACCAGGGAGAUGAUGAACAUGAGGAAGACAAUGAACAUGAGGAGGACAAUGAACAUGAGGAGGACAAUGAACAUGUGGAGGACAAUGGAUAUGAUAAUGAUGGGUUUAGCUAUGUUGAUUUAUGAUUUGAAGUAAUUUUAUUUUAUUCAUUUUUUUCUGGGGAAGGAAGGGGUGCUUCAAUAGUUAAUUUCAUUUCAGUUGAAUAUACUCCUUGUUGGUGUUAAAUGAAACAGGAGGACUAAGGGUCAUAUCAAUACACCUUAUCGCUAUUUAGAAAUCUGCGCCGGUUGACCCGAGAAUCUGCGCCGCUUGAACUUUUGACAUCCUGCAACAAUCACUUUUACAUUGUUGCGUCAGAUAUUUUCUAUUGUGACGUCAAAAUUUUACGGGAACCUAUGUGAUGUCCAGUAAUAGCGAACAAAUAGCGAUAAGGUGUAUUCAAAAUAUGGAAUUUUUUUUGUUUUCUAAAUAUUUUUAUGGAGUAGCCUUAAGGGAAUACUAUUAGACAGGUUAAAGCAUGAGAAUUCUCCAAAAUAUUACAGGUUAUUUUCACAGAAUAUAACUGAGUGAUUCAAAAUAUGAAAUUGUUUGCCUGUUUAAUCAUGCAAUGUUUUCAGUUUUUACAUGAAGCUAAUUACUAAAAACAAAGUGUAGAAAAAGCAUUUAUUUGUAACUAGCCUCCUGUAAGAAACAUAUUCUGAAGGCUUUAAAAUGUAAAGUGAAUGUAAUAUAUAUUUCUUUGGUUAACAUUGAAAAUGGUUUGCUUGCUGUUGACUGUUUAAUAGAUAUAAGAAGAUGUGGUAUGAGUGCCAAUGAGACAACUCUCCAUCCAAGUCACAAUUUGUAAAAGUAAACCAUUAUAGGUCAAAGUACGGCCUUCAACACGGAGCCUACUUUUCAAUUAAUUGUCCAUUUAAUGAAAAAUUUUAAUCUAUUUUUUUUUUUUUUUUUUGUAAAUCAUUUAAAAAUGUCACCAAGAAGGUAAGUAUAUCGCUCUCAAGGUUUGAGUAUGAUAAGUUUUACAAAACUCAUGUUAAUUGACUUAAUGUCUUGCCAUGACAAUUUUGUUGAGACAAAAGCAUGCUAUGGUGGUGGCCACGUCUGCCCAAGUGGUGGCAUCAACAAUGUGUUGAAAAAAAUAUAAGAAUUUCAUGAUAUUUGAACAACACCAUUUACAGGAAUAAUUUCAUUGGAUAUAUAGCAGUUUGACAAACACUAAUUUUGAUCAUUGAGAAGCUUGAUUUCUCUUUACUAAUAGUAUGUGAUUAAAAAAUUCAGCUGAUUUUUAAAGAGUUAAUCCCCUUAGGUGUUCUGUACCAAAUUUGUUGCUUUGUUACUACAUGUAUAUGUAAUAGUGCUAUUAGUUGACAAUGCCUUACAAAUAUAGUUAUCAUUGAUAUUUUUUGCCAUGCAGUUAAUUUGAUUUGUUUGCAGUAUUAAUUCAUCAUUUAAUACAAAAAAUAUAAUAAAUUACAUUUUGUACCACUGUAGGAAUGUUUAUAACAUGCAAGACACACUAAGGAAUUAUAUGUUUUCAUCUUCUACUUGCAUUUAUUGUAUUAAAUAGGUUUUUUUUGGAUGGUUUCCCAUUUUCAAUGGUUAUAUUCCUUCUUUUCACAAAAGCAAGUUGUCUGCUAUUUUAUAUAAGAAUUUUUGUUGGGCAAAUCAUAAUCUUUUGUUGUUAUAUAAAAUGGUUUAUAAUACAACUUUUUAAAGACAUUGUUUGAAGAAACUCUCAGUGAUACAUAGUGGCCUUUGAUAAAUUGUUGGUUUGAAAAUUUUAUCCUAAUUGUAUUUUACUAUAUAAAUCAAAGAAAAAAGUAUUUAUAAACAAGUGUUAAAUAAAUAAUUACUUAUUGUGUUCAAAACUUGCUUGCAGUUAACACUGCGUAUAUAUAUAGACAAUAUGAGUAAAGUGAUAACAGUUUUGACUUUCUAUUAUAACAGACAUUUUAUUGUAUCUAUUCAUAACUAUUAACAAUUCAGUGGAUAUGGUCUUACUCAUGAUCAAGAAUUAAGAUUUAGAUAAAAGUUUUUAGUCCCCUACCGACGAAGACGAAUGGGACUUUAGGUUUGCACUCCGCCUGCCUGUCCAUCUGUCAGUCCGGCAAUCAGUUUUCCAGACUUUUUUUCUUCAUGCUUGAAGAUAUUGAUUUGAUAUUUGGUUUAUUGUUUUAUCAUGACAAGUUACAGGUCAAGUUCAAUUUUCAUGAUUUUGGCUUUUCUCUUUGUUCAGUUAAAGCCCUUUCCCUAGAAUUAAAUUUUUGAUGAAAUACUUAUUAAUUAGAAGAUUUAUGUUCAAAGGGAAAUAACUCAUUUUUUAAACUAAUUUUUAAAGACAAAAUGACAUUUUGGAUUUUUUUCCUUUUCUUUGGUAAAUUGUUUGAAGAAUUUAGGGGUAGGUUUGUUUGUCAUUCUUGAAGAUAUUGAUUUGAUAAUUAGUAUAUAGUUUUAUCAUGACAAGUUACAGCUAGAUCAAGUUGGAAUUUUGUUCUGGUCUGAUGAUUUUGUGCAGAGUUAUGGUCUUUGGACAUUGAAAAUUCACUUAAAUAAUCAGUUAUCAACAGUCUUUUUUGUCAUGCUUGAAGAUUUUGACUUGAUAUUUUUAUGUAGUUUACACCAUGACAAGUUAUAGAUCAAGUUAGAAUUCGAUUACAAUGAAUGUUUAACCGGUAGGGGACUAUGUAUUGCCAUGCAAUACUCACAGAAUGCUUGUUUCAAUUAUAUUGAUUUUUUUAAAGAGCAUGGUCUUUCUCAUUUACAAAACCUCAAAAAUCUCAAUAUUAGUGCUCCACUAAAUUACAAACGGCUGUUUUUAAAAAUAUAAAGAUAAUAUGUAUUUGUACGAAAUGUAUGUACCAAUUUGAUAAUUAUUAUCAUAACAAUGGGACUCGAGAUUUGUAUAGAAUUAAUCAGUAACUUCAGUGAUUUAUUUACUAUAAUUAUUAUUUUUUUGUUUUGUUUUAAGUUUGACUGUUAUCAUUGUUUUUUGUUUUGAAUCUCUACAUACCCGGCAAUAAACAUAUAUGAAAUUCA